GAGGGAGGGAGAGAGAGAGGGAGGAAGUCCACACCAAGUUUGUUUUACAGGACUCAACCCCGGGCCGGGAUUAUAGGCGUACAGCACUGCAUCUGGAGGUCGGAGCAGUGGAAAAAGUGAAAGCCAACGAGUGCAGCCCAGCUAGAGGAGCUGCCCGGAGACGCUGACAGGAGCACAGACAGAGACAGAGAGAAAGAGAGAGAGGGGGAUCAUUGCUCCACUGGGCAAACACACAAAUAUGGCUGCUAGAUCUCUGUCCUGCUUCUGCCUUCUCGGCAUCCUCUCAGGGAUCGCCUCUCCAGCAUCUGCUGCCAGGCUCGGGGAGCAGCAACAGACUGAGCUCAAAGUGUGUGCAAAGGGAUUCUUCCUGAGCGAGCAGAGUAUAUGCUUAUCAUGUAACUGCAAAGGCCACGCCGACUACUGUGAAGACAUCACCGGUGUUUGUUUAAACUGCAGGGACCACAGCACGGGAGAUUUCUGUGAGAUGUGUGAGGACGGCUACUUGCUGGCCCCAAGCCUUAACGGACGCCACACCUGUCGACCCUGCGCCUGUCCCCUCUCCGUCCCCUCUAAUAACUUCGCGGUGCACUGUGACAGAGGAAGUGCCGUCCUGCGCUGCAAGUGCAAACAGGGCUACGCCGGACAUCUUUGUGAGAGGUGUGCGCCAGGUUACUAUGGCAACCCCAUGGAGAUCAACAACAGCUGUAAGAGAUGCGACUGUAACGGAAACUCUGACCCCAACCUGAUCUUUAACGAGUGCCACAACGUGACGGGUCACUGCCAACACUGCUGGGGAAACACCGCCGGAGCCAACUGUGAGAGGUGUGCCCUGGGUUUCUACGGCGACGCCAUCACUGCCAAGAACUGUAGAGAAUGUGAGUGCAAUAAAUGUGGCACCUCUUCAUGCGACGACAGGACCGGAGUGUGUCACUGCAAGCCGGGAGUCACCGGACAGUUCUGUGACCAGUGUGAGGAGGGCUACUCCGGUUUCUCCAGCUGUCAGGGAUGUCGGAGGUGUGAAUGCGGUCCAGCUUCCAUGCGCUCCACCUGCCACCCUCUCACCCACAGCUGCCCCUGCCGCCCGGGGGCCGGAGGUCGUUACUGCGAGCGCUGCCUGCAAGGACACUGGAACUACAGCCCCUCCGGCUGCCAGAAGUGUGACUGUGAGAGCGGACACUGUGACAUGCACACAGGAGAGUGUCUGCCAGAGGCCGCCACGGUCAACCUGUGCAACAUCAGUUGUGAUGAGUGCAUUUGGCAUCUGAUGAGGGACUUGAGUUUCUCCAAUACGACACUGGACCAGCUGAAAGUGGGAGUGUUGAACAUCUCUACUGGUGCUGCAGCCAACGACAGACUCAAAUACUACAACUACACGGCUCACCGACUGCAGACUCAGUUUCAAGGCUGGAGAAACAAGUCCUCUGUGAUGAAGGCCCAGGCCGGGGAUCUGGAGGAGGCUGCAGAGGCUGUGGUUUUGGAUAUCAAACAGCUGGGAGAAUCGGAGAGUGUGGUGGAGACUUUGGGGAACAAACUGGAAAACGACACCCUGGAGACGUUCACCCUGGCUGAGCAGCUCAACACAAACCUCACUGAACUCAACGUACGCAUUGAAGAGAUGAUCCAGGACUGGGAGCUGUACAGCGUCCACCAGGAUGUGGAUCCAGAGGAGGUCAGACGAAACACUGAGUUGGCCCAGGGAAUGGUGGCCUGGAUGAGGACACUCGAUCUGUCCCCCCGAGAGCCCAUCGCCACUGACGAGUCCACUGAAGCCCAUGACGUGCUGAGGCGUAUCCGUCAGUUGGAAAAGAAGUUGAUGAGCACAGACAGCCGCCUGCCGCCCGUCAGGGAGGUUCUCUCUCGCUUCUCCACCAAGCUGUCCGACGCUCAGGGCUUCCUCCAUAAAGCAGCCGGCCAUGUUCAGGAAACAGAGGACAUAAACAAAGCCACCAUCCUGAAAUAUCAGAGGAGCCAGUCAAAGCAGCAGAGGCUGGCAGAGGACCACGCUGCUGUCAACGCUACUCUGGAAACAGCCCGAGGAUUCAUCUCGGAGACAGACGGAGCCAUGGCCGAGAUGGAUGCUUUAGUGCAGAACGUGUCCCAGUACCACGCAGCCAUCGAUGGAGCCGGCCAGAGGCUGCAGGAGAAGACUGAGCGUCUGUCACUGGCUGACGGGGAUCUGGUGCAGAGGGCCGACGACCACGCUGAGGAGCUGGACAGACAGGCCAACGAACUGGAGGAGGAUCUGAAAGAGAGCGACGCCAACGGCUUUGUGCAGAAGGCCAUAAGUGCCGCCAACGUCUACAACAACAUCAUCAAAUACGUCGACGAUGCCAACAUCACCUCCAUCACCACCUUCAACUUAUCUCAGAGAGCUGAAGAUGCCGUCGAUGGGAUCAAUGCACAGCUGGGGUACCUGGUAACCCAGAGCGACAAUGUUUUCAAGGAGUCUGUGUCGUUACAUUCGGAACAGAAAGAGGUAGAAUUGGAGGUGACUGAACAGCUGAAAUACAUCGAGGAAACCCAGGAGACCGUGGAGAAAAACACCAAGAAACUUGCAGAUCUAAAGGAAGACAUCAGUGGAAUCCAUGCAGACAGAACCCCGCAGAGGCUGGAGUUCACCCUGGAGGUGGCUAAGGGGACUCUGAACCGCUCAGCAGAGGUCCUCCAAACCAUCAGCCCAAUCAGCAGCAAGGUGGAGCAGUGGGCCGACAGCAUGAAGAACAACGAAUACUCCACAGAUGCUUAUGAGCAGGCGGUCGAGUCUGCAGGGGAAGCAGUGGAGAGCCUGAAUGGACUGGUUCCUGCGCUGCUGGACAAACUGAAGGUGGUGGAGGAGAAGAAGCCUGUCAACAACGUGACCACCAACAUCAUGAGGAUCAGGGAGCUCAUAGCCCAGGCCAGGAGCGUGGCCAAGAAAGUCCAAGUAUCCAUGAAGUUUAACGGCCAGUCGUCAGUGGAGGUUCAUCCUCAUAGCAACCUGGAAGAGCUGAAGACAGUGACGUCCAUCAGCCUGUUCAUCAGAGUGGACCCGGACAAGGAUCCCAUAGAGGACCGCUUCGUCCUGUACCUGGGAGACAGAAACGGCAGGAAAGACUACAUGGGUUUGGCCAUCAAAAAUGACAACCUGGUGUACGUGUACAACCUCGGAGGGGAAGAUGUGGAGAUCCCGCUGGGCUCUAAGCCUGUCAGCCAAUGGCCUGCAGUCUUCAACUAUGUCAAAGUAGAGAGACUUGGCAGACAUGGAAAAGUGUUCCUGACCAUCCCCAGUCAGAGCUCCACAGACGAGCAGAAGUUCAUCCAGAAAGGAGAGGCUCCAGGCACAGACUCGCUGUUUGACAUCGACCCCAAGGAUAUAGUGUUCUUUGUUGGUGGUGUCCCGCCAGAAGUCAGGCUUCCCCCUCCACUGAGUCUGGCUCCUUUUGUGGGCUGCAUCGAGUUGGGUUCGCUGAACAACGACGUGAUCAGUCUGUACAACUUCAAAGAGACGCACAAAAUGGGUGUAGAAGUAUCAACACCGUGCCCGAGGUACAAGUUGGCCUUUUCUCAGAGUCGCAUCACCAGCUACCUGUUUGAUGGAACGGGCUACGCACUCAUCAAUAACAUCGGGAGGAGGGGAAAAUUCGGUGUUGUCACAAGGUUCGAUAUUGGAGUCCGCACUGUGGCAAACAGUGGGGUCCUUUUCCUCAUGGUCAAAGAGGACAAAUUCUUCCUCUUAGAGUUAAAGGAUGGCUACCUGCGCCUGAUGUACGACUUUGGCUUCAGCAGUGGGCCAAUCGUUUUUGAGGAUAAAACACCAAAACUCAAAAUAAAUGAUGCAAGAUACCACGAGGUAUCUGUGAUCUACCAUCAGUCAAAGAAGGUGAUCCUCCUGGUGGAUAAGAGCCAUAUUAAAUCUUUAGAGAAUCCAAAAACCACUCUACCUUUCACUGAUAUCCACAUAGGAGGCGCUCCCUCCAGCAUUCUCAAAUCCAGGCCGGAGCUGUCUGCCGUCGUGGGCCUGAAAGGCUGCGUGAAAGGUUUCCAGUUCCAGAAAAAAGACUUCAACCUGUUGGAGGAGCCCGGCACCAUCGGCAUCAGCAGCGGCUGCCCUGAGGAGUCAUUUAUGUCCCGUAAAGCUUAUUUCACUGGAGAGAGCUACCUGGGAUCCACAGCAAAGUUUUCACCCUUCGACAGUUUUGAGGGAGGAAUCAACUUCAGAACUCUGCAGCCCAGCGGACUCCUCUUUUACCACAGUGAUGGGUCCGAUGAGUUCAGUAUCACUGUGGAGAACGGAGCUGUGGUGAUGAACUGCAGAGGCACACGGGUCAAAUCCCAUAAGAAAUACAAUGAUGGAAGGACACAUUUCUUGGUGGCUUCAGUGAACAAUCAGAAGUAUUCGGUGCUGGUGGACGACAAAGACAAGCAGGAGAAGAAACGUCCAUCCUCAGCCACCAGAUCAUCCUCGGGUCCUGCCGUGAAGACUUUCUACUACGGAGGGUCUCCGAGCAGCAGCUUCAAGAACUUCACCGGUUGCAUCAGCAACGCUUACAUCAACAGACAGGACCGGGACAUCGAGCCUGAGGACUUCCAGCGCUACACAGAAAAUGUCCAGACCUCUCUGCAGGACUGUCCGGUCCAACGUCCCCCAGCUGCUCUGCUGGCACGGCACAGGGACCACACUUCUCGAGCCAGACAGAACCAAUCACAGGUCAGCAGGGAUCCAUCUAGCCUCCCUCUGGGACUGACGGAGCUGAGGAGUGAUGACCAGGAGCCAUCAGAGGCGAACAUCGAGCCCUGUUACCUCUCCUCGAGUCCCAGAGCGACCCGCCAAGCCUUCCACUACGGCGGCAUCGCUGACAGCAGGCAGCAGUACACAGACAUCCCAGAAACCUUCUCUGAACGGUCCCACUUCUCCCUCUCCCUGAAGACGCACUCAUCCUCUGGCCUCAUCUUUUAUGUAUCUGAUGUCCAAGAAGACAACUUCAUGGCUCUCUUCCUGGCCCACGGGAAGCUUGUAUACACCUUCAAUGUAGCAGACCAAAGGGUGAAAGUGAGGAGCGAGGGGAGCUACAAUGACGGCGCGUGGCACAAUAUUAUUUUUAUCCGCGAUGGAAGUACGGGGCGGUUAAUAAUUGAUGGGCUCACAGUACUGGAAGACAGAGUGCAGGGAAGCAACGUCUCCUGGUAUGUCAGCAGUCCCUUCUACGUGGGAGGAGUUCCUCCAGAGAGAGCGCAGAAGAAUAUCCAGAGAAACUCUCUGCACAGCUUCAAUGGCUGCUUGAAGGACCUUCAGCUGGACGGGCAGUGGCUCUCCUCCAAGGUGGAGACUUUCGGGGUCACUCCAUGCUUCGAGGGGCGCUCCGAGGCUGGGACGUACUUCUCAGAGGAAGGAGGCUACGUCGUGUUAGAUGAAUCAUUCAGCCUCGGGCUGAAGUUCCAGUUGGUGAUGGAGGUACGCCCCCGUGUGGCAUCUGGGGUGCUACUGCAUGUGCCGACAGCAGAGGGCAAUUUCACUUUGUACCUCCAUCAAGGAAAGGUGGGGAUCGUAGUCAAGGACGGGUCGGAUGAGCUCAGCACAAAGGUGUCACCCAAACAGGGUUUGUGUGAUGGCAACUGGCACAAAAUCACCGUGAUCCGAGAUGCCAAUAUUAUCCAGCUGGUUGUGGACUCUGAAGUCAACCAUGUGAUGGGACCCCUGAACCCCAGCGCCUUAGACUUCAAGAAGCCGGUGUUCAUCGGUGGAGCUCCAGACCUCGUCCUCCCGGAGAGCCUCUCCACCAGGAGGCCCUACGUGGGCUGCAUGAGGAACCUGACCAUCGACAACAACCAAGUGAGCUUCAGUAAAGCUGUGCUGGUCAGCGGAGCAGUCGGCGUUGGAGCGUGUCCCGCAGCAUGACAACAUCCUGAACCCCAAACAUAGCACUGACCAAAAUACAUUUAACAACUCUCUUUGUGCUAAACAUACCCAUUAAGAGAAGUGUCACUCUUCGUCUGAUGUUUGUCUUCUUGUCUUUUAUUCUGAUUCAUUCUUCUUUGUUGUUUUACAUGAAAGUGUUGCAUGCAAAAAAUAUGACCAAAUUGUCCAAAUUAAAAAGAAACACCUAAAGGAACACAACCGGAGAAUUAAAAUGUGAUGAAAGUAAAGGUUAUGAGCCAGCCGAAGGGGCCUACAGUUUAUCCGUUUCUUCUGCUUAGAAACAUUUUACAGUGAACAAUAUGAAAGACAGAUUUGAUCGCUCUACUGGUGCAAGUUAUGCUCCACGAGCCAGCUUUAUAAUCUCAGCAUCACAGGUUUUAUACAAAACCAUGUUCAGAACUGUCUCUUUUUAACUCUUUUAUUUCUGAUGAAUAAAAAGUAUUUUACAACCA